GCGGACUCGUGAGCACAGGAAUGGGCGUCUUUGGCAAAAAGAGCACGCCCGCAGGCACCACGGCCGAGGAUGCGGACUUCGCCAGCAAGGCUGCGUCGAUGCGCGAGGCGCAGGACGCGCAGCAGCUCAAGACCUUUACGCGCUGGUGGAACAGCGUCUUGAAGCCUCGCGGCGUUAAGAUCGAGGACCUGGUGGUGGAGGUCAGCCCUGGUGUCAACCCGAUCAUGCUGUACGAGGAGCUGUCGGGCACGCUUGUCAAAAAGUACAGCAAGAAGCCGCCGUCGCGCUUCCAGAAGCUGGAGAACCAAAACAUCUUCCUCAAGGCGUUGAAGGAGAAGGGGAUCCGGCUGGUCAACAUUGGCGCCGAGGACCUCGUCGACUCCAACCGUACGCUCAUCUGCGGCCUGACGUGGACGCUCAUCCUCCGCUACGAGAUCCAGAAGUACGGCGCGAACGAGUCGGAGCUGCUGCGCUGGGUCAAGGCGUGCACGGCGGGCUACAAGGGCGUCAACAUCACCACCUGGGGCGACUCCUUCAACGACGGCCUCGCCUUCUGCGCGCUGCUGCACAAGCACGACGAGAACGUGCUCAACUACGACAAGAACAGCGACCCGAAGAAGGCGCUCGGCAACCUCGACACGGCCUUCACCGCCGCUGAGAAGCGGUGGGACGUGCCACGCCUGCUCGAGCCCGAGGAGCUCGCGGGUCCCGACCCCACCGACGAGAAGUCCGUCAUCACGUACGUCGCCAAGCUGCGGCAAGCCUUCCUCGACCGCGAGGCCGAGAUGAUGCGCAAGCUCAAGGAGGAGGAGGAGGCGCGCAAGAAGGCGGAGCGCGAGGCCCGCCAGGCGGCUCUCAAGAAGAUGGUGCAGGACCUCAAGACGGGCGUCGAUGACUGGAACAAGUGGACCAAGGGCAAGGAGGGCGAUUUCCGCAAGAAGGAGGGCGAGGCGCCCUCCUACCCCGAGGAGCGCUGCGAGAAGGAGCUCGAGGGGCUCAAGAAGUUCCGGACGGAGAAGGGCAAGGACGACAAGCCGCCAAAGGCGGAGGAGAAGGCGCGGCUCGCGGACCUGUACAACAAGGUGCGCGGCGAGAUCAUGGCGGACGCGAUGGACGCGGCCAAGGAGGGGUACCAGCCCGUCUUCGACGAGGGCGAGAUCGCGGACUGCGCGCCCGAGGUGCUGGGCGGCAAGUGGAAGGACAUGGAGAAGGCCGAGCGCGACUUCGAGGACGCGCUCGGCCGGCGGCUCGCGGACCUCGACGCGGCCAAGCGGGCCAAGGAGACGGACGACCUGCUCAAGGGGCUCAAGGACAAGGCGGACGAGCUGAUGGACUGGCUCAAGGGCAAGAAGGGCGACAUGGACGGCGACGCGCGCAGCAUCGGCGACGAGGACGACAUCGCCAAGAAGCAGGCGAAGCUCGACAAGCUGCUCUCGGACGAGAAGCCGCCAAAGCUGGACGAGACGGGGGAGCUGGCCAAGGAGCUGCACGCCGUCGCCGACCGGCUCGCUGCCGAGGGGCGCGACCCGCCGCCCGACCUCGAGGGCAAGCUGCAGGGCGGCUGGAACGCCUUCGACGACGCCGCCGCCGCGCUGCAAAAGGCGCUCGACGACGCGCGCAAGAAGGCGGCGCGCGACAAGGCGAUGGCCGAGACGGACAAGCUUCAGAAGGAGAACGAGGACGACGCGAACAAGUGGCUGGACAAGGUGAACGACAAGGCGAAGGACUUCGAGGACAAGGUCAAGUCCGGCGACCUCGGCAACACCAAGGAGGAGGCCGAGAAGAAGCUGGCCGACCUGCGCAGCCCGUUCCAGUCGGACACAAAGCCCGAGUGGGGCAAGGAGCGCGGAGGGAUCGACGCCGGCCGGCGCGCGGUCGACGACCGGCGCAAGGACGAGGACCGCCCGCCCGCCGACUGGAAGCCGCCGGGCGACGACCUCGACAAGGGCUGGAAGCGGCUCGGCGACGCGGAGCGCGAGUACGAGAAGGCGCUGCUCGACAAGCUCGGCAAGCUCGACGCCGAGGAGCAGGAGCGGCUCAAGAAGGCGGCGCGCAAGGAGAAGGCGCUCGCCGACAUCGCCGACGAGCUGCCGCCGCUCGUGCAGCGGCGCAAGGUCGAGAAGGACGCCGCCGCCGCCGCCGCCGAGGCGGCGCAGAAGGCCGCCGACAUCGCCGACUGGGCCCAGAAGGAGACGGCCGCUCUCCAGGAGCAGCUCGCCGCGCUCGAGGGCGACAAGGUCUCGCCGGCGGAGCCGCCGCUGGCGGCGCUGGAGAAGUUCUGCAACGGCGACAAGACGGCCAAGCAGGGCGACCUCCUCGACGCGCGCGCGGCCGCGUGCGACGCCAUUGCGACGCGCCAGCUGCAGCGCGCGGGCGCGGGCGGCCCCGCCGACGCCGCCAUCGCCGAGUCGCUGCCCAAGGCGGAGGAGGCGUGGGCCGCGAUGGAGGAGGCGGAGAGGCGGCUGAAGCACGCGCUCCAGGACAAGAUCAAGCGCGCGCAGGGCGCCAACCUCGAGUGGGAGCGGCUCAAGCGCGGCUGCACGCGCGUCGCCGAGUGGCUGGCGGCCUCGACGCCGGAGCGGAUGCGCUCCGAGCUCGGCGGCACCGAGGCGGAGGUCACGGCGCUGCUCGAGGAGGCGCGCGCCGUCUCGGCCGCGCUGGGGCUGCAGAUCGCGUCGGUCGCCAUCCUGACGCCGCUCGCCGAGCGCCUCUUCAAGGACGAGGAGUACGCCGAGCGCGCAAAGGCGGCCAUCGGCACGGUCGAUAUGCUGCCCUCGCUGGCGGCGCCGAUGGCCGAGCGGGUGGCGAGGCUGGAGGAGGAGCUCGAGCGGCAGCGCCGGCUCACGGCGGAGCGGCGCGCCUUCUCCGAGGCGACGGGCGCGCUCGAGGCUUCCAUCGUCGAGGCGGAGGAGCUCGUCGGCUUCCCGGUCGACACAGUCGACACGGCGGAGAUCAUCAAAGCGCUGCGCGAAGUUGGCGACAAGCAGGAGUCGGACCUGCUGCCGGCGCCCGAGGCGGCCGAGCCUGACGCCAUCAAGCGCGCCGAGGCGGCGUGCGCGACGUGGCGCCAGCUGUCCUCGAUGAUGCCCCCGCGCGCGGCCGCGUGCGAGGCGGCGCACCGCGCCGCGCUCGCCGCCGAGAAGCUGCAGUGCGACUACCGGGAGGCGGCGGAGGCGUUCCGCAAGUGGCACGCCGGCGCCGUCGCGCUGCUCACGAUGCCGGCCGGCGACGACGCCCGCGCCGCCGAUGACGUGCGCAAGGCGGCCGAGAUUGCGAUCGAGCAGCUCCCCGUCGGCGAGGCGCACCACCGCGCCGCAAAGGUUGCGAGCGACAAGAUGGCGAGCUACUCCAUCGCGCAGAACCCGUCGGUGCUCACGCUCGCCCAGAUGUCCGCGGCGCUCACGCAGAUGCGCUCGCUCCUCUCGCUGCUGCAAGGCGCCGCCAAGCUCGCCCCCGGCAACGCGACCCUCCCGACCAAGAAGAUCGUCGCGGCGCUCGAGGACCUCGCCGAGGCGACGGGCGUCUCGCCCGCGUCGCUCGGCUCCGAGUUCGGCCUGCCCGACGAGCACGUCAAGUUCCUCGAGGACGAGAUGGAGAAGAAGAACGGGGCGCUGCAGCCAACCUCCUUCGAUCCCUUCCCCGCCGACCGCAGCGCGGUCCCGACGCUCUCGCUGCCGACCAUCCCGCUCGACCUGCGCGCGCACGGCCUCGCGGUCAUCGAGCACGUCAACAAGGCGCGCAAGGAGCCGGAGAACCACGCCGACACGCUCGAGGCGGCGCUCUCCGACGCCUACGAGGGCAACCACCUCACCUGCCCGCCGUCGUGGGGCGGCAAGAAGCUCGUCACCGCCGAGGGCGUCGGCGCGCUCCGCGACCUCCUCAAGGCGCUGCGCAAGGCGACGGGCAACCUGCCCACCCUCCGCCUCGUCGCGGCGCUCGACGACGCCGCGCAGCAGGCCGCCGAGGAGCUGGCCGCCGGGAAGUCGCCGACAGACCUUACCACGCGGCUCAGCUCGCGCGGCACCUUCUCGGGCUCCGCGGGCGAGGCUAUCGUCUACGGCGUCCGGCAGCCCGAGCCUAUCGCCGCGCAGCUCCUGCUCUCGGACGGCGACGCUCAGCGCCGCAACCGCAGCUUCCUGAUGAACGGCGACCUUAAGGUGGCCGGCUUUGGCCUGGCCGACCACCCGCAGCACGGUUCGGUCUGCGUGAUCGUCUGCACCUCGCUCUUCGCCACGCCGAUCGACAAGCCCAUGACGGUCGAGUGCCAGGGCGAGGCGAACGACGACUUCCAGCGCGUCCUCGACGCCAUCCCGUCGGAGCAGGCGCGCGACAUUGCGACCGACGCGCUCGUGGUGGGAAAGAAGGUCAAGCUCGAUUACGUGCCCGGCUCCAUCGACAUCACUGUCUAUGAGCGGGACGGCUCCGCGCGCACGUCCAGCCUCAAGUGGGCCUAGCCCCGCAGCCCCUCCUCCCCACUUGCCCCGCUCGUCACGCCGUGGCCCAGCCUCGGCGGGGCUCUGUGCAAUAACACUUGGAAGUCGGCUUGCGCCGCGAGGCGUGAUUUUCCGGCGUGAGAGGGACCCCGCGGUGUGCGUUUAGAGACGCACAACACGAGAGGUGCGCGGGGAGAUCUGGUGUGCAUGUUGUGUGUGCUGUGCGCGGAUGGUUUAUUAACUCUGCUGGCGUGCCUCACCA